AAUGCGGUGCAAUUUUGUUGAAUGAUCGAAAUGCAGAUAUUAUGAGUCCUGAAGUGAUGGACAAAAUCAUGGACGAUCCAGAUUUUUAUGUUCGAAUUAAUGGGUGUAAGUUUCUGAUAUCCGUAUGGGAUCAUUGUGAACAAGAUCGAUUGAGUUAUGGACAAAAAAGGACGAAGCAUAAUAUAUAUUUGAGUGGUGGUAGUUUACUGAUAGGAAAAAACUCCUCUUGGUUUUAUUGGCUGGAUGGUGAUAAAUUACUUGUCAAGGCUGCCGAAGAUCCAAGCCGACUAGUUCGUGGUGAAGUACUUGUAAUUCUUAAAAGGCUUAAAUUGUAUCUUGAAGAGAUAGUUGCGACCCAAGAAUUGAAUUCGUCAUUUUCAUUACCAAAUAGUAUUGACGAUUCUCAACUUUCACAUAAAAGACUUUUUGAUCAACCAUCUUCAUUAAUGCAGAAACAUUUUAAUUUUUAUCAGAAUAUUUGUCUUAUUGAUUAUGAACGUCUUGAAGCAACUAUUGAUGUUGAACAUUUGUACGAAGAAGCACUAGAUAGU